UUUCCUAGUAACAAGAGCUCGAGAUUCUCACAGUUCCUGGCAAGUAAACACUUAACGGGACUGAUUAUUGUAUUUGUAGAAAAUAUGCUAGGCAUGAUAAACAAAUGCAAUGGGGUCUCCGGUAAAAGUAAUACUAUUAGCUUGUGGAUCUUUUAGCCCUAUAACUAAUAUGCAUCUUCGUAUGUUCGAACUAGGCCGAGAUGCUCUCAAUAAGACAGGAAGAUUUCAAGUAGUUUCAGGUGUCAUUUCCCCCGUCAGUGAUGGCUAUGGCAAGAAAGAUCUUGUGCCAGCUAAACACAGAUGUGAAAUGGUCAGGGCUGCACUUAAAACUUCAGAUUGGGUCAAGUUAGAUCCCUGGGAGUGCACUCUUAGUUUCUGGUCACCAACUGCCAAAGUAUUGAGGCACUACCAAGAACAAUAUGAUAGUCAUUCAAAUUGUAAAACUACACCAUCAAAAAAGAGGAAAAAAUUGUCCAAUCGAUCAGUCUCCGAUGUCCAAACAAACCACAUCCCAAGUUCAGAUACAGAAACUGACCAAAGCCCAGUUGUGAAACUUCUUUGUGGAGCAGACCUCUUGGAAUCAUUUGCUGUUCCUGGGCUGUGGGCUCAAGAAGAUAUUGAAUACAUUGUCUCCACACAUGGUCUAGUUGUGAUAUCAAGAGUUGGCACAGACCCUCACAAGUUCAUCUAUGACUCUGAUGUUUUAACUAAAUACAAAGAAAAUAUUGUUGUUGUUACAGAGUGGAUCAGCAAUGAGAUUAGUUCAACUAAAAUUAGAACUGCACUGCGUAGAGGAGAGAGUGUGAAAUAUUUACUGCAGGAUGGUGUUAUAGAUUACAUCAAACAGCACCAGCUCUACAAAAUACCAGACAAUAAGUAUAUAAACCACCUGUUACCAUCUCCGGUUGAAAAAGAAUCUAACUCUAAUGAUCCCGAAGAGCAGCCUCAGCGUCCUUCCUCAGCAGAGGUGAAAGUCAUUCUGAGGUCAUCUGCACCAGGAAGUUACAACCCAAAUCACCUGACACUGCACCGCAUGACAACCAAGAUGGAGAACAAAGGUCCUGUCACAAAAAUUGUUCCAGCCCACAAAUCUAAUAGCACCAGCUGUAUCUCAGACUUUGGGAUGCUGGUCAGGCGGGUGAGAAAUUACAAUCUCAGAACCAGGCGGCGGCCACUAAAUACUAUAAAGAAAUAAAUUCUCUCCACUUGUGAAUGUUUUAGUUCAAGGUUCUCCCUCACUACUGUCUGUAAUGGAUGAGAUCUUUUUAUGUGCCAUUCUUUGAUCUGUGUCCAGCUACAAGAAUUCUUGUCUUAGUGUAAGAAUGUUCUAGAUUUCUACAAAAUCUAUAAAAGAUUAACCUUUUUUUAGGUUUGUAGGUGAAAUUACACUGAAACAAUCAAAAUCAAAUCAAUCACUGAAACAAUCACAAUUUGAAUGUUGGGCCUAGUUUUUAUAAGGCAUUUUUAAUGGUCAAUAAAUCAGACACUAAAAGUGUGUUUCAAUGUAGUUUUAUUUUUGUCCAUUUCAAUUUGAAAAGGUAUUAUAAUAAAACAUUAAGAGACAUAAUUGUAAUGCUUCUGUCUAACUUUCUUUUAGCUCAUUAACUUUUUAAAAAACUAAAAGGAUUUUAUUAUUUGCAAAACAUACUUGAUAGUAGAAUUAGUCUUCUCAGACCGUCCCUUUCUAUCAAAAUGUAUCAGUAAAUAAAUGAGAUUUGAAUGAUCUUAAAUCUUUAUUAUACUUUAGUCUAGAUAUUGUUGGUGAAAUUUAAAAAAAUAAUUUUUAAACCAAGCAACAGCUACUUGAAAAGUAUUCAGUAAUCCUUUUGUUUUGCUGAGACAUUAGAUGGACUAGAUUUCAUUCUUGUUUGUACUACCUGGACCAUUCAAUGUUGUCACAUAUUUUAUAAAGUUGAAUGUUGUAAACUGGAAUGUGUUCAUCUAAAGAUGACACAUGAUUAGUGCAAUGAUGUAUGUUCCUAUGAUGUAUGUUCCUUGUUUACUUGUAUUGUAAUGCUAAAAAAGAAAUCAUUAAAAUACAUGUUCUCAUGCUUAUUCAGGAUAACUUAAAAAGCUUCAGUGCCACAUACAAUGCUGUAUAUAAGUAACAACUCUAUUGUUUAAACCAGACUGCUAAAUAAAGUGGAUUAAAUAGAA